CCUUACAGUUAUAGAGCUGGGUAUCAUUGUCAGGCAAGGCCAUUUGCAACCGCCAUGCUACUAGUUACGGUUAGUGACUAGAGUCUUCAGGCGUUGCCAACAGGCGAGGUGUUCAGCUCGUCGCUUGAGGGUGGCUGGGGCUCCUUGGCAUCACGUGCUCUCUCUCUGUAGACUAAAUGCGAAGUUCAGCUGAGGCGGGGUAGAUUCACCUGUCCAAAACACUCCUCCUUUCCACUUGAAAGCGCAGAUAAAAGGUACAAUGGCGGAGCAUGUGUUUCUUCCCGACGAGCCCCCGAAACCCCUUCGCAUCGUGUACGACGGCAUACUCUACGAUGGGAGUGACUGGGUUACAUACCCCGUGCGCCAGGGCUGGUAUUCCGAACCGUGGACGCCAAAGUUCCACCAGGGCAAGAUCCCCGAAGAAUAUCAUCCCGCAAUCAGAAGUUGGUUGUACUUUGGUUUGCUGCACUACGUCUUUGGGGAUGACCUGGAUCAGGCCGACUUUCUUCUCACUGAGGAAGGGGACGGGGACGGGGACGGGGACGGGGAAGAGAAAGGCGAGCAGCGGCAAUACCUCACGACGAAGCAUCUGGAAAAAUACAUUGGCAGCGCCAAGGAGUGGAAAAAGAAGGGAUACGGGGAGCGCUCCGUCGAGAUUGUCGGCAAAGUCUGCGGGCAACUUCCCCGAUAUACGCCGUACCUCAGCCCGCAGAUGGGCUUCGCGAUCCAGCUGAUCUGCCAGGCUCUCUGGUACGUCGCGAAUAAGCGGGACGGUCCACAUGAGAAACCGAGCCAUGUCUUGAAGUGGAUGUUUGCCCGGCCGGAUCUGGCCGAGCACAUGGUCCAGAACGGGUGGUGCCCGCUGGAUGCGGAGAAGUGUCGGCAGGCUGGGGGUGAGGUCGACACGGCUGCGUAUCUGCUGCAGCUGGUGCGGACAAAGGCGGCGUGGAAUAAGAGGAAUCACACCUUGUGCAGGAAAACGGAAUGCAUCGCGGAUAACGUCGAUGAGAGUCUCUAUGUGACUCGGCAUGUGGAGGAAGGUUGCAGCUGUGAGCACGUCCACGCGGACAUCCCCGCAUUGCAUGAGAUCCUCGAGGAGGGAGGCAUCCCACUCGUCGAGAUUACGCCUCCAGAGGAGGAGGGCGGAGACUAUACAAUCAAGGUCGUGAAGAAGCGGAGCAGCACGCGAUACGCCUCCAUAUCUCACGUGUGGGCUGAUGGUUUGGGCAACCCACAUACCAACUCUCUUCCCAACUGCCAACUGGGACUGCUCUACGAGCGGGCAAGAAUGCUCCUGACUGACAAGGAGUAUGUCCCCAAGUACGAAAACGGGCCGUAUGGACCGCUGCACACUGGCGCUGCAAGACUUGCCCAUCGCGCAUUUCUCUCGAGUCGGCGUGGUGACAAUUCGGUCCUGGUGUGGAUCGACACGCUGUGUAUUCCGCAUGCGCGUGAGGUGCGCGGUCUGGCAAUCCAGCGUAUUCGCGAUACGUAUCUCGGUGCUUAUCGAACGAUGAUCAUCGACUCCGAGAUACGGCAGGUCGAGUCCAGCCCCGCAAGCAGCCUCGAGCUCUGCCUUCGGGUGAUCUACUGUUCAGGCUGGAUCCGCCGGCUGUGGACGCUGCAGGAAGGGCUGGCGGCCAAGAGCAGGCUCUACGUGCUUUUGGCAGACAAGGCAGUCAAUGUCUCGACAAUUGCCGACGAGCUUCUCACCAAGCACGAAAAGGGCAAGGUUCCUCUGCUCCAGGAGAGGAUUGUCUAUCUCGCGGUCGGCACCUGGUACUCGUACUUUCAACACACCAUUGAUUUCGCAUCCAAGUUUGAGCGCUUCGUCAGCUUCGUCGCCAGCCCAUUCGUCGAGGGCGAGGACCUCUCGCAGGAGCAACUCGUUUCGUGGAACUGGUUCAACGUCGCCACUCGAGCGUCUAGCAAGGACGGCGAUCGACCGAUCGUGCUAGCCGGUGUGCUCAACCUUGAUGUUGGGGAGAUCCUCAAGGUCAAAGGGUCGGACGAGCGAAUGCGUAAGCUGUAUAGUAUGUUGGCUGGGUUUCCAAAGAACGUGCUGUUCCUGGCGGGCCCGCGGUUCGAGGAGGACGGAAUGCGCUGGGCAGUCAAGGUGUGCCGGUACACUGAUGAAGUCCAGUACCUUGGCGGCGACCCCGGGAAGAUCACGCCUCGGGGGUUGCAUAUCACAGAUAUCCCCUCGUGGAUCUUUGAACCCCCCAAGAUCCUUGACCUCCGCCGGUAUCUCCAGGAUGACGACCGCCAGUACUGGAAUGACUGGAAUGACAUGCCAGUGAGUGAUGAAAGCGUGCCGGGCACAAACUUGCUGUUGAAGAUGAGGGAGCCAGUCGAUAUCCAUCCGGACGAGAAGUACGGAAUUAUCCUGCAUGAAAUCAGAUCUGCUCGUCCUGGGGAACUGCACAACUGCGCAUUGGUGUCGCUGCAGACCACGGAGGAUGAAGUUCAUUAUGCGCGAUAUUUGGGCGUGGGAACUAUCCAGGCUUUUGACUUUAGCAAGUCUCUUUUCCCCAAGGAAGGCUACCUCAUUUGGGGCUCCUGGGAUGAACUGCAGAAGCCGGAGUGGGUUGUUGGUUGAGUGAACGUUGACAGCGCAGGUAUCACGUGCCUCUCAUGCCAUCCGCGCUGUGUAGGAUGACCCAGGCGGCUUUCCUGGUGCCGCUGAGAAGUGUAGAACGAUCUAAAUGAAUAAAAAAAAAGAAUGUGAUGAUUCAAACUCUUUCCUAAUGGUAUGGAUGACGAUACGGGCGGUGGUUGGCAUCGAUGGGGAGGCUCGCAGCCGGAUGAGCAUUUUAUAAAAGUGACGAGCGGCCCUUUGCUCUUUCCCAAACAGUAAGCGAAAAGUACCUGGCGCUGUAUCGGCUUCUACUGGUACUCAACCGCUGCGCUUUCCUUCUGUAUGCAUCUUACACCUUGUUAGUAGUGCCAGAAUGUCGAGACAUGAUGGACGGGGACCCAGUGCUGUCAACACCGUUUGGAGGUCUCAUAGUGCGGCGCUCAUCUCCUUUUGGGCGGCGCCUAUCCGAGACAUGGGCGAGAAUCCCUGUCGAUAUUGGGUUGUAACAGUGGUUAUAUAGGGA